AUGUCGCUCGAGCCGCCCACCUACCUCAGCUCUCUCCAGAACAAUAUCCGCGCCCGGCCCAUCCCCUGGGAAGGCGCCGUGCGGGCUGGGAACAUUACCGACGACCAUUUGCGCAAAAUCAAAGCCGUUGACAAGGUCCGGAGGGAACAGCGCCAGCAGACCGUCGAGGCCGAUGUGAAGGGGUACACGGCGCUUCUCGCCGGCAGCCCUGAUGCUAAAAGCGUGUUGGAGCUAGCGUUCAAGCGCACGGAUAUUGUACAAUACAUUCUGGUCCUGUCCGCCGACCUCAUCGCGGAUGUCCCGGCACUCGCCUCGGCUCUUAUUGAGCACCCCCAGCCUUACAAGCCAUUCUUACCCCUCCUGCGCCAUUCCAACAACCCGGAGGAUCCUAUACCUCUCCUCACAUCCUCGUUCUUGACGAGCUUAGUCUCCACAGCACUCGCCUCCUCGUCCCACGCGUCUACCCGAGAGGAAGAAGCCCUACCACAACUGUAUUCGUAUCUAUCAGUCUUGACGAAGAAUCAAGAUAGCGGGCUCCAGGACAUCGGGGUGCAAGGGUUCUCAGCCCUGCUUUGUAACAAGAGGGCGAGAGAGCUCUUUUGGAAACAACGUCAAGAAACAGUGGAUACGCUCAUGGAAAUCCUCCGGACAGCUGCGGCAGGUAAAGACACGCAGUCAUCAACUACGCUGGCCGGGUCAACGGCCACAAAUAGCGCUCGCACCGCCGACAUAAGUGUUGGCGGUGGUGUUGGCCUGCAGCUUUUGUACCAUGUGCUGUUGGUUAUUUGGCAACUAAGCUUUGAGGGCAGCCUUGUCGGCGAUGAAUUGCAUUCGGAACAUGACAUUAUCGAAUUAUACAACCAGCUUUUGCGACUCUCUCCCAAGGAGAAGACCACUCGGCUUCUUCUCGCCACACUGAACAACCUCCUCACUGCUAACCGCACCACACUUUUACCAGUCGCAGUGAUUGUCCGACUUCCUGCCUUGCUUUCGAAUCUAGGCGGGCGCCAUCUUACCGAUCCCGACCUUCUAGAGGACCUCAACUCGCUGUCGGAAAUGCUGGACGAAUAUACUAAGACGCAAACCACGUUCGACGAGUACGCUGCCGAGGUUCAAUCCGGCCAUCUGCGUUGGUCCCCUCCACAUCGUAACCCGACAUUCUGGCGUGAAAAUGCUCGUCGGAUUCUGGAUGAAGAGCGUGGAGCCUUGCCGAAGAAACUGGCUGAGAUCCUGUCUAAAAGCUGGGAUAACGACAAGCAAGUGCUGGCAAUUGCAUGCAAUGACGUUGGCAGUCUUGUCAAAGAGGUCCCCGAGCGCCGGACCCAAUUAGAGAGGCUUGGCUUGAAAGCCAGGGUCAUGGAACUAAUGGCUGACCGGGACGAGGCAGUGCGAUGGGAAAGUCUGCGGGCUGUGGGUGAAUGGCUCCGGUACUCGUUUGACCAAUGA